GCCGGGUGCGUGGGGAUGAAGCCCCGUUCCCUGGUUUCUGGCAUGGCUCAGAGCUGCGGCAGGCGAAGGGUUUUCCUCCUCCCACCACGGCGGGGGCACCUCCGGCACAACCCUCCGGGGACGGCAGCAGCUCCGCAGCCCCCCCAGCUCCGGCUUCUCCCUGGCGUAAAGGACACCAUGGUCUCAGGGAGCCCUGGCUGGUGCCUACUGGUGGGGCUCUGCACCCUUGUCCCUGCCACCACACAGCGAGGACCAGAAGAGGAUGUGACCCCCAGUUUUGGGCUGGAGGAGUUGGGGUACCGCAUCUCCCAGGAUGGGGACCCCCUCCAGGACCCCCAGCGCUGUGGCAUCACCUUCCACACCCCCAGUCCCUGCAGCUCCCUCGGGCCCACAGCCUUCGCCUCCCGCAAUGAGCUGGAUCACCUCAAGAGCCUCUUGCAGGACACCAAGGCCAGCCUGAAGGAUGUGGAGAUGGCGGCCAUGCUGGAGGAGAACCAGACCCGCUACCAGGACAUCAUCACCGAAGCGCUGCCCGCCAUCCAUGAGGCCAACCUGGAAUUUCAGGAGAGCUUGGAUAAUGUCCGCAGGGAGCUGGAGGCUCACGUGGCCGAGGCUGAUCACCCACGGACAGCUGAGAAGAAGGAGAAGCUGCGGAAGGCUGUCCAUGUGGUGUCACACAUGCUGCGCCUCACCGGGCGCCUGGCCCAGACCCUCGAUGCUGCCUCACAGCGCCUCGAUGCUGAGCUCAGCCAGCGCCUGCAGAGCUCGGCUGCCACCGCCACUGAGCCCUAGGGCAGCAGGGAUGGGCUCCACCGUCACCCUGCGUAUGGCAUUGCUUGCUGGUAGGACCCCAACCCAGCUCAUCUCCAUGGCUUCUGGGGUGUCCUGGCUCCUCUCCGCAGCACCAGGGGCUGAGACGUUGCCCGGAAUAUUUGCAGAGUGGUCUGGGUGCUGGAGCCAGCAGCGCUGGGAUGGGAUG